CCCAAAUAAAUGCUGCCUCGACGCUGGAUACAAUACCCGCAGAGACGUCCAAGAGAGGUCAACCAAAAAGCAAGAAAAGCCCCAGCAACGAAUUCAGACAGCGUUGGUAUAGUAAAGGACACGAUACAAUAAUAGAGCCCAUCAUGAGUGAUGAUAUCGCUACCGAGUCGUCUCAGCUGCUUCCGCCAUUGGCAACUGAGCAGAUUGAAACUGAUUAUGGUUCUGCCACCAGUAGUACCAAAACAGCAACGCACAAUCAAAACCAGUUGGACACUCUUGGUGUCAGCGUAUUUCAUUUAGAGCAUGUAUUUCUAAAGGAAGCUGCAUGUUCAGAUGGCUGUUGUUGGUCUCGUCUCAAUAGAUCUUCCAAAAUUUAUGAUAUUGAAAACCUAAAAGGACCUCCUGGGGUCAUUCGAACCAAGGGAGCCAACAUCGUUUGUCCAAUAGAUGGAAAAAUUGGUGCUGCCUAUGUACACACUCUACAAGGAGAGGACCAUGUCGGAGAGGCAAAUUACAUGCUCAGCUAUUCGUGGAAUUAUUCGAUUGGAGAUAUUGUGGAUACUCUGAAUGACUUCUGCCACCAAAACAACCUCAAUCCAAUGAGAACCUAUAUCUGGAUGUGCUGUCUAUGUGUGAAUCAACACAGAGUUGUAGAAAAUACAACUCAGCAGAAAUCAGGAAUGAUAGCCCCUGUCAAGAUGGACUUCUUUGACAUCUUUGGAGAACGAGUCAAAAAGAUUGGACACUUGUUGGCCAUGAUGGCUCCAUGGAAAGCACCAGUGUACAUCACUCGUGUCUGGUGUAUUUUCGAGAUCUUUACGGCUCACAGGAUGGGUGGUUGCAAGGUGGAUAUUGUCAUGCCACCAAGGGAGAAGCAAUCUCUAGAGCAGGAUGUUGUUGAUAAUGAAGGAGGCAUCAAUGCUCUCUACGAGACACUUGGCAACACAAAAGUUGAAAAUGCCAUUGCAUCAGUCGAGAGUGACAGGCUGGCUAUUCUUGGUCAAGUAGAAUCAGAUGUUGGAUACUCUGUACUCAACAAUCUAGUCAAUGACUUGUUGCGUGGAUGGAUGCAUGGUGUCCUGACUCAGUUGGUGGAGACCAGAGAAAACACAUACAAUGAGGACUAUGUUGAGUUCUGCAACCAAAUUGGGGGUGUCUUAAGAACAAAUGGAGAACACAGUGCAGCCAUGAAACUCCACCAGACUGCUCUGAGAAUUUGUGAGACUGUGUUGGGUGAGAAUCAUGAAAAAACAGGAGACAGUUACAGCAAUCUUGGGCUUGUCCUGGAUGAUAUGGGUGCUUAUGAUGGUGCUUUGGCAAAGCACAAGGAAGCUCUUGCCAUUUAUUUGUCAGUACUUGGCAAGCAUCAUCCCGAUGUGGCAACCGCCCACAGCAACAUUGGUACUGUCCUUUAUAGUAUGGGUGACUAUGAAGGUGCUUUGUCAAAGUACAAAGAUUGUCUUUCUAUUGAAGUAUCAGCAUUGCGCAACAAUCAUCCUGAUCUGGCUUUCACCUACAACAAUAUCGGUGUUGUUUUGAAUGAGAUGGGUGACUAUGAAGAUGCAUUGUCAAACUACAAGGCAUGUCUUGCCAUUCAAUUGUCAGCAUUGGGCAAGAAUCAUCCCUCAGUGGCAUCCACCUACAACAAUAUUGGGCUUUCCCUGAAAGAUAUGGGUAACUAUGAAAGUGCUUUGGAAAAGUACAAGGAAUGCCUUGCUAUUCAAUUGUCUGUAUUGGGAAAGAACCAUCAUGAUGUGGCAAACACCUACAACAACAUUGAUUCUGUUCUGGAUGAUAUGGGUGACUAUGAAGGUGCUUUGUCAAAGCAUAGGGAAUGUCUUGCCAUCAACUUGUCAGCAUUGGGCAAGAAUCAUCCCUCUGUUGCAACCACAUACAACAACAUUGGGCUUGUGCUUCAUAAAAUGGGUGACUUUGAAGGUACUUUGGCAAAGUAUGAGUUAGCUCUGGCCAUUCAACUGUCCGCAUUGGACAAGCAUCAUCCUGAUAUGGCAACCAUUUUCAGGAAUAUUGGGCUUGUUCUGCAGAAAAUGGGUGACUAUGAAGGUGCUUUGACAAAGCACGAGGAAGCUCUUGCCAUUCGAUCGUCAGCAUUGGGCAAGAAUCAUCCUUAUGUGGCAAAUACCUGCAACAAUAUUGGCUCUGUUCUGGAUGAUAUGGGUGACUACAAAGGUGCUUUGGCAAAGUAUGAGAAAGCUCUUGUCAUUCAAUUGUCAGCAUUGCGCAAGAAUCAUCCUGACGUGGCAGACACCUACAACAAUAUUGGCUCUAUGCACGCGGUCUAA